AUGCGGAUUGGAAACGGCUCUCUCAGUGGCAGCUGUAACUUGAGUGAGACCCAGGAAGAAUGUUCCAUGGCACUAAAGCAGUCCAUUCAGAAGGGCCGUUUUGUAGCGUACUACACGCAUCCACGCAGUCUGCCACACAGUCACAGUGCAGUGGUGGAAACGUGUGAGAAGUUGCCGCGCGACGAGGCGACGAUCACGCCGGGGGACUUUUCCUUUCUCCCUUACCCCUCGUACUGUGGCUUGACAACAGUUGACAAGGUGCUCUACAAGCAUUGCUUGAGCCUUGAUAUUUCUUCGUGA